GAUGAUGGAGGACAAUUUUCUAUGCUCAAUGAAGGUGGAGGAAUCAAAUCUACAAUAGCUGAAGAUUUGCGAAGGUCAACAAUGAACGAGGAGAAGAGAGAUGACAGAUUUGCGAAGGUCGACGGUGAAGAUUUGCGAAGGUCGACAACAGACGGAGACGACAGAGAUGACAAAUCAGUGAAGCAGAAAACUCCCCUAAAAACCUCUGAUGUUACUCUUUUUCCCAAUUUCCACCAACAAGAUGAUGAUCAAUACCUAUCUCAAAAAACCCAAGAUCUCAUCGCCACCUUACCCACUGAAUCAGACAGUUUUGCAGCUGAGCUUUGCCAAUACCAAGGUUUUUGGUUCCCCAAGAGACUAAUGCAAGGAAUUCUCAAUUGUCAAAACCACUUUCAAGCUCAUGAUUCUGAUAUCUUCCUUGUUACCUCACCAAGAUCUGGCACCACUUGGCUCAAAGCCCUAAUUUUCGCCAUCAUCAAUCGUAAGACCUAUCAUCCAAACAUGACUCAAACUGGCCAUACUCAUCCUCUCCUCACUACAAACCCUCAUGUUCUCAUACCUUUCUUGGAAUUCCACCUAUACCUUCGAACAAACAAUCCGGAUCUGAGCUUGUUUCCUUCACCGAGAGUCUUUGCAACCCAUCUUCCGAUCAUUUCAAUGCCGGACUCGACGAAGAAGCACUCGGGGUGUAAAAUAGUGUACUUGUGCAGAGAUCCAAAAGACAUGUUUGUCUCUCUUUGGCACUUCAUCAAUGGAUUCAAAAAAGAAAAACAAGGUUUCAAUUCAAUUGAGGAAUCCUUUGAAGAUUUUCGUCGGGGAAUGAGUAUUUAUGGGCCAUUUUGGGAACACAUGUUGGGUUACUACAAAGAGAGUUUAAAGACGCCAGAGACGGUGAUAUUCUUGAGAUUUGAAGAGCUGAAGAAUGAGCCAGUUAAGACACUGAAAAAGCUAGCUGACUUUAUAGGAUAUGGAUUUUCCAAGGAGGAAGAAAAUGAGAAUGUUGUGAGUGAUAUGUUGAAGCUUUGUAGUUUUGAGAAUUUGAGCAAUCUGGAGGUGAAUAAAAAUGGAAAUUCAUCAUCUGGGAUAGAGAAUGAGCGUUAUUUUAGACGUGGGAAAGUGGAAGACUGGAAGAAUUUUCUCUCGUUGGACCUGGCUGAACAACUCGAUAGCAUCACCCAAAAGAAGCUGGAGAAGCAGGGCUUGAAGUUUUAG